AUGUAUAACUUCACAUAUGGAAGCACAUUCUUCCUCAUGGGUUUCUCCAGCAUUGAAGAGAUCGAGAUCUUACAUGCUAUGCUAUUUUUGCUAACUUACCUGGCAGCCCUACUUGGGAAUCUUCUCAUCAUCAUUCUCACAACCAGAGACCACUGCCUCCACACCCCAAUGUACUUCUUCCUGAAGAAUUUAUCCUUUCUGGAUCUGUGCCUCAUUUCUAUCACUGUCCCCAAAUCUAUCACCAACUCCCUGACAAAUAAUAAUACCAUUUCGUUUCUUGGAUGUGUUUCCCAGGUUUUCUUCUUCUUCCUCUUUGCCACAACAGAGGUGGCUCUACUCACAGUGAUGUCUUACGACCGCUAUGUUGCCAUCUGCUGCCCACUCAGGUAUGGGACCAUCAUGAGCCACGGAGCUUGUCUGCAGAUGGCCGCCUCUUCAUGGGCCAGUGGGGGCGUCAACGCCAUCCUGCACACGGCAUCCACCUUCUCGGUACCCAUGUGUGGGCCUCCGGAAGUCCAUCAGUUCUUCUGUGAUGUCCCACAGCUACUUUCCCUUGCUUGUUCUCACAACACAGGGGAAUUAGCAGUCAUUGGGCUCAGCCUGGUGUUGGACUUUGGAUGUUUUAUGCUUAUUGCUCUUUCUUACGUUCACAUCUUCUCCACGGUUCUGAGGAUGUCCUCCAGAGAAGGCAGAUCCAAGGCUUUCUCUACAUGCCUGCCUCAUCUCCUCGUGGUGACUCUAUUUCUUUCUUCUGGGUUUUUUGCCUAUUUACGGCCCCUGCCCCAAUCUCCAUCACCCUUGGAUUUGCUAGUUUCAGUGUUUUACACCGUGGUGCCGCCCACCAUGAACCCCCUCAUCUACAGUCUGAGAAAUAAGGACAUGAAGGUGGCACUAAGGAAGCUGCGCACAAGUGGGUUUUGUUCUUCAAGUUAG